AUGUCAUACAAAGGUGUGGACAGAGUUAAGAAGGUGAGACUCCAAACUCUGAGACGUCAAUAUGAGUCUUCAGAAACUACUACUACUUAUAUUACUCGAGUUCUUACUUUGACAAAUCAAAUAAAAAUAUAUGGAGAGGAGUACAAGGAGCAACCCAAAGUGGAGAAGAUUUUACAGUCACUCACUUCCAGAUUUGAGCAUAUCAUGGUGGCGAUAGAAGAAGCACAUGAUCUUUCUUCAAUGACUAUUGAGGAAUUAUACAGCAUUUUGCAAGCCCAUGAACAACGCAUGAAUGAGAAGAAAGUUAAGAACCUUAUUGAGCAAGCUCUUCAAAGUCAAGUCCCCAUCAAAGGUGAUCAAGGUGGUAAAACAAGCCAAAAGCCCAAUGGUUCUCGUGGCAGAGGACGAGGACAUGGUGGCUAUUACUACAAUAGAGGUCGUGGUGGUCAUAAUAACAAUCAUGGAGUUGGAGGCAAUAAUCAAGAAAAAUCAAGUACUAGCCAUCAACAAAACUCAAGAGGUCAUGGCCGUGGACGCGGUAGAGGAAGGUAUGACAAAUCCAAUGUUGAGUGUUAUUCUUGUGACAAAUAUGCCCAAUAUUCAAAUGAGUGCAGAUAUAAGGAUAACACUCAGAGGGCUCAUUGUGUACAAGAAGAUGAUGUUGAUUAUGGUGGCGACCAUGCUCUCUUGAUGGUCACUGCAACUGGUGAAGCACCAAACUACCAUACAUGGUUCCUUGACACUAGGUGUACCAAUCAUAUGUGUAGCAAAAAGGAGCUAUUUGCUGAUCUUGAUGAGUUAUUUCGCACCAAAGUUAAAUUUGCCGAUGACAGUACCAUACCAGUGACUGGAAAAGGACAGAUUCUUAUCAACUUGAAGAAUGAAGAUCAUAAGUAUAUUUCUAGUGUCUUCUAUGUGCCAAGCAUGAAGAGUAAUUUGCUUAGUAUAGGUCAGUUGGCGGAAAAGGGGUAUGCUAUGAACCUCUAUGACAACCAACUUUUCAUUCUUGAUAAAAAAGGUAUGCUCAUUCUCAAAGCACCUUUGACAAAGAAUCCUAUGUUUCUGGUUGAUAUUUUCAGUGGUGUUUAUAAUUGUCUCAAUGCCAUAAAUGAUAAGUCUUAG